AAUGUCAGCUGAUUUUACUCAACUUUUGCCUGUGUACUACAAGCGGCUAUUUCCUCAUCAGCUAAUGUUCGAGUGGCUCUCAAAAGACGAGAAACAACCGAACGGAUACUUUUCCUUCCGAGAGUUCUCUUUUACGCUAAAAGACGACAUCUACAUUCGAUAUUUGUCGUUUGAAACUGCCUUGGAAAUGGAGAAGGAAAUAUGUCGUCGUAUGCCGCACAAAAUAGAUAUCGGUGCUUUUUACACUAUGAAACCGAAGAAUCACAAAAUGGCGCCUCCUGGUGGCUUUCGGGCUCUAGAGAAAGAACUUGUGUUUGAUAUCGAUAUGACUGAUUACGAUGACGUCAGGUACUGCUGUAGUGAGGCCAACAUAUGUCUGAAAUGCUGGCGUCUCAUGACCAUUGCAAUCAAAUUCAUAGACGAAUGUCUCAGAAAUGACUUUGGGUUCCGGCAUCUCCUUUGGGUCUACUCGGGCAGACGAGGUAUCCAUUGUUGGGUGUGUGACAACGAUGUGCGCAAGUAUGACCAGAGUGUGCGAAGUGCCAUCUGCGAUUACUUGUCCAUCCCCAAACUGGUCGACAGAACAGGCAAAAGAAGUCUCUUUCCUUCAAAUCCGCCUCCGUUGAUUUACAAAGCAAUAUACUGGAUCGAUCGUCACUUCAAUCGAUUUGCAGAGGAGCAAAAAUUGUUCAAAGAAGAAAAACAGAUUCAAGACUUCAUGCGAAUCCUGCCUGAUGACGCAACUAUGAAGGUCGAGGUCAAAUCCAUAAUUGAGAAUCCGAGCAUCAAAAAUAAAUGGGAAUCUAUUAAAAAAUGUUUGAGUACCUGUAGUAUGAAGGGAGUCAAUAAACUCGACUGGGAGAUUAUGUUGCAUUAUUGUUACCCUAGACUUGAUGUAAAUGUCUCGACUGCGGUGAACCAUCUGCUGAAAAGUCCGUUUUGUGUGCAUCCUAAAACGAGUAAUAUAUGUGUGCCGAUUGAUGUGGAUAAACUGGACAGCUUCGACCCUUUUGCAGUUCCGAACUUGAUUCAAUUAAACGAAGACAUGAACUCUUUUGGGAAACAGGAAUUUAAAGAGGAGGAUUUGAUGAACGAAAAAGAAAAUUUAGAAGUGCAUACGAGUAAAAGGUCAGACGAGUACAAGUUGACGUCGAUGAAGAAAUACAUCGACUAUUUUGAUGUUUUUGUGAAGAGAAUGAGAGAUGAUAGACUCAAUACAGCUCCUGUUUUGGAUGAGAAGAUGGACUUCUGAAAUAAAUUGAAUUUUUUUUAAAUUUGUUUGCCAUUUGAAUGAUUUGAGUGUUUUUUUGUGAUGUUAACCAACUGUUUUGCUGAAUUGACAAUUGAUUAUUUGUGAUUUU